AUUGUCGUAAAACAGCCCCUGAUGCUGUCCCUGGGAGACCCCGUCGGUCUCUCCGUACGGCACCUUCCUGUAGACGAAACAUGCCGACUAAAGGUCCUUUGCAGUCUGUCCAAGUCUUUGGACGUAAAAAAACAGCCACAGCAGUUGCCCACUGUAAGAGGGGGAAUGGCCUGAUCAAGGUGAACGGCAGACCCCUGGAGAUGGUGGAGCCUGUGACUCUACAGUACAAGCUUCUGGAGCCGGUGCUGUUGUUGGGCAAAGAGCGUUUUGCGGGCGUCGACAUCAGAGUCAGAGUGAAGGGUGGUGGACAUGUAGCCCAGAUCUACGCUAUCCGUCAGGCUAUCUCCAAAUCCCUGGUCGCUUACUACCAGAAGUAUGUGGAUGAAUCCUCCAAAAAGGAGAUCAAGGACAUCCUGAUCCAGUACGACAGGACCCUACUGGUUGCUGAUCCACGUCGCUGCGAGUCCAAGAAGUUUGGAGGUCCUGGAGCUCGUGCCCGCUACCAGAAGUCCUACCGUUAAUUGUUCUGUACAUUUUCAUAAUAAAUUGGAGGAGGAACUAU